UGGCUGCUCGCUGCAGCAGGCCGCCUCUUGCGGAGGAGUGCCGCCAAAAUAACUGCAAAGCUUCACUUACUUUACUAUCAACUAUAUAUGUGACUGACUCCUCAGUACUCUCUCCCUGUUCUUUUAAGACCUCUGUAUUAACCAAUCUAGCUUCUAUACUCUCCUGACCUAUAUAGUCUAGUGUUUAGAGCCUUCAACCUGUGGGAGGGACUCCGGACUCAUUAUUAUCAUUAUUAUGAUACGUAGCAGAGCAAACUCUCAGUUCUCUCACGGUGCCGGUGGACUGGAGAGGAGACACACCAAGGCCAGUGGGAUACAGUGUGCUGUAGCUCUGUUAGAUGGACGAGAGCUUCAAUUGGAAAUAAAUAAAAAGACAACCGGCCAGUGGAUAUUUGAGUACAUUGUUAGCACGUUGAAGAUCAAGCAAAGGGAUUUCUUUGGUAUCCUUUAUGAAGAUGAACACAAAUUUCAACAAUGGCUGGAGCUCUCCAAGUCUGUAAGGAAACAAACUAAAAGGGAUAUGAUGCAGCUAGUCUUCAGUGUCAGAUAUUACCCAGUUGAUCCUACCGCUGAAGACCCCAUUAUUAGGACUCAAAUGUACUGGCAGGUUAAAAGAGACUUUGUAGAUGCAAGGCUGCCAUGCACACCUGAAAUAGCUGUACAGCUAUCGGCCUAUAUAGCACAAGCUGAGUUGUGUGAUUGGUUAGAGCCGAGAGAAGAAUAUCUCCUCACUCUUGGACUCCACAAUCAAGAAUUUGAGAAUCUAAAGGAAAACAUCGUGGAGCAGCACAAAAAAUUCAAGGGAAUGACUCCAAUUGAGGCUAUGACUGAAUUCCUUGACAUUGCUAGUCGUCUUGAUUUCUAUGGCAUGAUAUUCUUUGAAGUAAAGUGUGAGGAAAAAAUGCCUUAUGUUCUUGGUCUAUCGCCACACGGAGUGUUUCUUUGCAAAGAGUUUAUGAUUGCACAGUCUUAUACCUGGAAUCGUUUAGUACAAGUGGCAUAUAAGGGAAAAAGAUUCACACUUAAAGUGACUGGGAAAUGGGCAUCCGGGAGCUCAAAGCCAACUAGUGUUCAUUACGAUGUCGAUUCAAACAGAACAUGCAGAGAGCUCUAUCUAACUGUCAUCGAAUACAUCAACUUCUACAAAGAAUCAUUCAAGAUGAAGGUUCCUUUAAAAGGGCCAACUCAAAUUAAAAUCCCGUCCUCAGUAUCAACAGAAAUGCUCUCGCAAGUCUUACUGAAAAGCAUAGAGAACGAGGAAGAGAGGAGAGAGAGGGAAAGAGGCAAAGGACAACUCCAACGGUCCCUCAGUCUCCCCCGAGACACCAUAAACAAACUAUCAACGACAAGCAAUCCCCUCAAGCCAUCACACCCACUCAAUUCUGCACUCCGCCCACUCACCGUAACAUCGACAAUCGGCCCCUCUGCCCACUCACAAGAGAGGAACGAGGAGGGUGUUUCAGACCCGUCUCCUUUAUCAAGCUCUCAGCGUUUGGACUCCGUUGAGUCUGAAGAUGACUCCGUACACGACUCAUUGUUGGACCUUGCCGAUAACCUAGGGGAGGAUGAAGACGAAGGAGAUGUAGUUCAUCUCAAACACGAGAGGAGCAACAGCAACCCUGAGGUAUUGAUUCAUUCAGCUCAGUCCCAGAGUAUCGAGGGGUUGGGUAGAAGAGGCACCACUGCUUCCUCUGUAUCGCCAGUUGGAGGAGAGGAAGGGACGAGUGCUCAGAAGAAAAAGAACCUUCUCAUGCUACAGAAGUGGAUGAAAGACCAGCAGAAAAAAGAUCUAGAUGAUUCAGUGACUUCCCCACAGACUGACCCUGAUGAGUCAAAUGCUACAAAAGCAGAAGCAAACUCGCAGCAAUCGACCUCAUCAUCAUCUCUGUCUCCCUCCAACGGGUACAGACUACUCGUCAAAAAAGGAACUCCCUCUCCCCCUCUUCACAAAAGAUCCUCCUCUCCAUAUUACCGACCUAAUUCUGCUGCCGCCUCCUCCAGUCACCACAUCGAGGACCUUUACUCUAUCCCUCGUCCCUCUCCCUCCCCCGGGUUUCUCCGAAGACCACACCCUUUUAGCCGACAUCACAGUGCAAGGAGCGAGUUCUUAAUUCCCUCUCGUUGCUCUUCUGCAUCUCAUAAUGAUUAUGAUAUACCUCGAUCUCUUCUUGAUCUACGUCCUGUUAGUUCUCAAGGGGUGAGUAGCUUAACGGCAGCUCAAUCAGAGAAUUCAUUGAUUGGUCAGACAAGCACAUCGGCUCAUUCUCUUUCCUCCAUACCAGGAGCUAUUGGUGGAGUUAUUGAUCAGAUCAAUGCCUUGAAAGAUGAGUAUCCAGACUAUGACAUACCCAAGCCUCAUGUAAAGUCCUACCCUGACUAUGAUAUUCCUAAACCUCACAAGAAAUUUAGUACUAAAGAGUCUUCUGAAGUUGAAAGAGGCGAUUCCGAGGAAGGGAAAGUGAGGAAGGAAGUGGAAGAGAGAGAGAGUGAGGAGACGGAUGGACCAACUCAUGCUCUAUCAUUUGGUGUAUUGGAUAGUAUUAUGGCUGGUAUAGAUGACAAUGUUGCUGCAGCUCAACAGAAAACAAGCUCAUCUUCACUCCCUUCUCUGAUUGAUCCAGCAAGCAACGAAAAUACUUUCACUAAAGACAAGCCAAUUAAGCAUAUAAGGGAGCAUAGCACGCCUAUCAUUCUUGAAGCAGGAAAGAGAGAGGAAGAGGGAAAAAAGAAAGAGCCUGUGUAUGAUCACUUAGCUGCUAAAAUUGCUCUACAGCAACUGAUUGCUGAUGGGAUUGUUAAGAAAGAGGAUGAUGGAGGAGCUACAGGGCAAAAUCAACAAGUGAAGGAAGCAUCUGUAGACUCAUUGCAAAUUGAAGCAACUCCUCAUAUAGAUGAAAAGACUGAAGCUUUGCCUAAUGAAGAGAAUAGAAGUACAGGGUCCAAAGUCUCACUCCCAGAGCUGCAUGAAGUCCAACCAUUAGUAAAUGAAGAGAAGAAACCACCAUUAAAAGAAGAAGACAGCAAAAUGGAAGAGAAUAAAAUAGAAAAAAGCAAAGCCAAGAAACCUGUUCCUCCUCCUCCUCCUCCUAGCCAUUUAGCUGAUCUUGCUAUGAAACUGGACGAUAAAGAAGGAGGAAUGAAUGAGAAGAAAGACUCUAAAACUCGUCUUCCUAAUCUUCCAUUUGAUCCACAGUUCUUUGCUAGACAGACUGCCCUUGAAAAGGGUAAGACUCCACAAGAACUACCGCCAGAAGUUGCACGUUUUAUGUCUUGGGUCAAAACAGGGACUGUUCCUCCUCCCUCUCCUCCCCCCAAACCACCAGGCAGUGCUGUAUCACCUUCUAACAGCAAGCGCAAUGAUAAACUUAAAGUAAAAGAUGCCGAUGGCUCACUGGAAAAAAAGAAAAAGAAAAGCAUUUCGCCCAUUAUUAAAAGAAAAGUGACACCCCCAGUGAAAGAAAGCAAAGAUCAACAACAGUCAAAAACCAAAGAGACAGCCGCUUCACCCAGUAAAGAAGGAGCUAUCAAAGAUAUCAAGACUCCUACGAAACAACCGUUCCAACCAAAGGAGCCUAUUUAUCAUGAAAUACCAGAUCCUAAAAAGGAAUCAGCAAAUGCUACUACUCCUGCUGCUGGUGGAGAAACCAAUACUCAACCUCAUGGAGGACAAUCUUUGCAGCAACAGCAGCAGCAGGCACUGAGCUUGAGUGGAGCUGGAGUUAGCAAGAAAGGAGCAGAGAAAGAGAAUAAAGGAGUUCCACCAGGAGCUGCUCACUUCAGGAAGGACACAUCUCUCCCCAUCAUUCAAAACACUGGAGGAGUAGAUGACUCAGAGCCUCCUGAUAGAUUUACUGGUAAACGCUCGAAAUCAUUUAAUGCCCGUAGGCCUCUUGAAAUAAAACUGCCUCCGCCUACUACAGUAGGAGAGGAGUCCAUACCAAACUCUCCGUCCUUUUAUACAGGGAAUCCUCAAGCAGGAGCAAUGCCAUCGUCCAUUGAUCCAGCUGAAGGAGAUAAGUCAAAGCUCAAGGAGACCUUGGAUCAAAUUGAUGCCAAUAGUCUACCACAGCACCACAAUGUUGUGAACUGGGUCCAAGGGGCACAGAGGUUUUGGGAGGACACGGGAGACUCAGGGGAUAAGGGACUGUCAAGAGCUAAGAGCAUAUCAAGGCCUCCACUUCCAUCAGCACCUCAUAACCGAUCACUCUCACUCUCGCACUCUUUUCACAAUAAGUCAGGACAGCAACUGGUCAGAGGUCCACCUCUCCAGCAGCAGCAGCAGCAGGCUCCUGGAGGAAGAGGAGGAAAGGAUUUCAAAGAUCAUGUCUACGAAGACCCUGAUACCCUGCUUAGCUCAUCGCUUAAAGAUAGAAAAGCUACAGAGCCACUUCAUUUUGCUAGUAACUCACUCCAUAAGCAGCAGCAAGGAGGAGGAUCGGGAAGAAUCCCUACUCAUCCUAGCAGUCUACAACACCAAGCUAGUCAGCCUAGUGGACUCCAGUACCACCAAAGCAUUGGAGGGAUUGAGGGUAAAUUCUUUACCACUGGGAGAUCAAGAGCCCAGUCUCAAGCUUCUUCAUAUCUUAGAAGACCUUACAUUACAAGAGAGCACAAGUCAUCUUCAGGGGGUACUGUAUAUGCAACUGAUGUAUGAAAGGACUCUGCUAUUUUAGUUCAUUGCUAUGAUUUUAUUAUUAUUAUUAUCUAUUAUAUUGCUGUUAUUAUUAUCAUUAUUAUAGUGUUCAUGAUUUUACUUUUAUUAUCCAUUCUAUUAUUAUUAUUAUUAUUAUUAUUAUUACUAUUGCUUCAAGUUUUAAUCCUCCUCAAGCACUUAUUAUUAUUUGUGUAUCCAGAACCAAUGUACUAAAUUAAUAUUUAAAAAUCCAACAGUAUUUUAAAUACACGUUCACUUGUAUUUAUUAUAAGGAUAUUACUUCAUUACACUAGAUGCAAUGUCACAGUGUAGCACC